AUCACUUUGUCUGAUGUCAUGGAAACCAUGUCUUUGGGACCGAACGGUUCCCUUCUUUAUUGCAUCGAUUUCUUGGACGAGAACUUUGACUGGUUUUGCGAUGAGUUGGUGAACGCCGUGAAGAGUGUCACCAAACCUAAUGAGUCAAUGGUUCCGUAUGUGAUAAUCGACUGUCCGGGUCAGAUAGAGCUCUACACCAAUCAUACGGCUCUCAAGAGUUUUGUCAAUAAAUUGAAUUCAUUGGCAAAGAGGGAGACCCCGACUGAUGGAAGUGAUGGAAGUGUUGGAUUGGAUGUGCGUCUUGUUGUGGUGAAUAUAGUCGACAGUCACUACACGAACGACGCCUCGAAGUUCAUAUCCGUUGCCCUCAAUUGUCUCAACUCUAUGAUCCACUUAGAGAUGCCUCACAUCAGUGUCCUCUCCAAAGUAGAUUUGAUCCAAAAGUACUCCAAAACAGACUUCGGGCUCGACUUCUACUGCGAUCUCCUGGACCUCAACUAUUUGGUCGACAAAGUGAACGAACAAAACGACCCAUUUUUGGCCAAAUAUAAGAAACUGACGGCCGCUUUGGCCGGUGUUAUAGAGGACUAC